CAACUAUGCCAUAUGUUAUGAAAACGAUUCAUUCGCAAGCCUAGCAAGCGUGCGCGCGGAGGCGCGGAUUUAACGCACUGUUCAGCAUGGUACGAAAACUCAAGUAUCACGAGCAGAAGCUCUUGAAGAAGGUGGACUUUAUAUCAUGGGAAGUCGAUAACAACCUCCAUGAAGUAAAGAUUAUGCGAAAGUAUUAUGUACAGAAGCGCGAGGAUUACACUAAGUACAAUAAGCUGUCACGGGCUAUACGGGAUCUGGCGCGGAAGAUCAAAGAGCUGGAUCCGAAGGACCCAUUUCGUGCCAAGGCGACCACCGACUUGCUGAACAAGCUGCAUAGUCUGGGCGUCAUUUCCAUCAAGGAAAACCUGGAGAUAUGCGACAGAGUGACCGCUUCUUCAUUUUGCAGGAGAAGACUCCCCGUCAUCAUGGUGCGGAACCAGAUGGCGCAGCGCGUCAAGAUGGCUACGCAGUUCGUCGAGCAGGGCCAUGUUCGCAUCGGACCUGACGUGGUCACAGAUCCUGCGUUCCUGGUGUCUAGACAGCUGGAGGACUUCGUCACGUGGACCGAUUCGUCGGCCAUCAAGAAGCACGUGGCUGAAUACAAUGACAUGAGGGACGACUACGACCUUCUUUAGCGACCGGCUGGGCCCGGUUCCACUGUAAAUAGGCGACCGAAGAGAAAGCACUGGUUGGCAUAAGGAGCAAGGUUUGGUGGUCACGUACUCGCGGUGGUGCGAACGGUACCAGGGCAUCAACUAAGCCUGCUCUUGGAGCUCCUGGAGCAACCUGAAGCACAACUCGAGACGUCCUCGCAUCGACCAAAUCUGACCUGCGUCAAGUGCCGAUCAGUUGUAUUAAACAAUAAAAAGAACAGAUACUCCUU